UCAUGAUUCAGGAUUCAAUUAUAUAGGGUUUCGUUACUUCGGAGCGAGCUUUCUCUUACGAAAUUUUUUCCAUAAUGUCAAAAAACUGUUUUUUGUUUAUUUCAUAAACUUUCUGUUUAUAUUUUGAUGAUUUUUCGUGACUUACAAUCUAUUAAUUUCUUUUAAAUGAAAGAUUAUUUUAAUAACUCUUGUUGUCUUCAAAUGAAUAUUACAAUGUUUUGAAUAUGUAAAAAUAUAUGAAGUAGAAAGCCAAUUAGAAGCAACAAAAGUUCUGAGUGUGAACAAAGUUAAUGCAACUCUGCUGUUAAUGCAUAAUAAUAUACAUAGCUAUAUCAAACUUAAGUCACGUGUGAUAAAAUAUGGAGGAAAACAAAUUUAAGCACUCUAUCAAAGUACCAACGCAAUAUAAGCGUGUUGCUGCUGUUUUAAAGGCGGCACUGGAACGAAAAAAAUCACUUAAGUCGUUAAUUUUUGAAGAAAAACAUGCACGUUUGCGGGGUAUGCAAGCGAUAUUAAAGCAAUACAUUGACAAUCGAGGGGCCAUUGAUGAAGCAAUCGCACAAACGAAGAUUUUAGAAGAAAAUCCACGACUAAGUUCUGCUCUCUGCAAGAUUCUUGUGACAGAGCUUAUAUUUGGACGAAAAAAAUUGAUUGGGGAAAGUAAACCCGUUCUAACAGUUAGCCAAUAUCGAGAAAGGCUUGAAGCAUCCUUAGGGGGUGCAGUUUAUGAAACCAAAAACGUAAAAGUUUUGAAGCCUCGCUAUGUACGUGUUAAUACCAAUUUGCUUAAUAUGGCUGAGGUUUUUGAAAUGUUGGCAGAGGAGGAGUGGCGGAAAAAAAAUGUGGCGAACUCAGGAUCUUAUAAUGAUUUCUUAGAAGCUAUAACAGAGCUUGACGAGGAUGAAUACAUGGUUGACAUGCAUUUGGAGGAUCUGUUGAUAUUCCAUUCGAAGCAAAAGCAUUACUGGGCUUGCCAUCCUUAUGUAAAGGAAAAAAAGCUUAUGCUUCAAGAUAAAGGAACCUGUCUUGUAGCAGAAUUGCUAAAUCCACCCCCCGGCGCUUUCGUACUUGACAUGUGUGCGGCACCAGGAAUGAAAACCAUACAUGUUUCUAAUGUUAUGAAAAAUAAAGGAACCAUUUAUGCUGUGGAGCAAAAUGUAGAACGUUACAAUCUGCUUCGUAAUAUGACUAACUUAGCUGGCUGUGAGAUAGUUGAUCCCAUUAACGCGGAUGCCCUGACAAUCGAUAGUAACCGCUGCCCAAGUGUAGAAUACAUACUUGUUGAUCCUUCGUGCUCCGGAUCUGGCAUGCAAAAUCGGAUGUCCUUAGAUCCAGAUGAAAAAGAUCCUGCUCGUCUAAAACGUCUUGCUGGAUUACAAAUUAAAAUGCUUUCACAUGCUUUAAAAUCCUUCUCCAAUGUAAAGCGAAUUGUUUACUCUACGUGCUCCCUCUAUGAAGAAGAAAACGAACAGGUUGUUCAACGUUGCUUAGAGUUAAAUCCACAAUUUAAAUUGCUCAGUGGAAAGAAAGCUUUGCGCAAUAAAUGGAACAAUGUUGGUAACGCUAACUACAAAAAUAUAGGAAAGAAUUGUCUUUACACAAAACCAGAUCAAGAUCACGCCGACGGAAUAUUUAUAGCAAUAUUGGAAAAGAGACGACCCAAGGAAAAUGAUGAAUAAAUUGUUUACAUUUAUUUUAAAAUAAAAGCAAGAUUAUUUACGAAGUUCCAGCUCCUAAGACUGCGCCGUUCUUCAUAUUUGUUUCAAUUUUAACUGCUCAAGGAACAAAGUGUUAAAUUUUCAAAACAGAUAUUGAAAUGCAAUUUUAAAUAUCGUAUUCACCGUUUUCUUUCAAAUAUUGAGUCGAAAAACUAGAAAAUUUCGGUGCAUUAAUCGUCAUCGUAAUAUUUCUACAAAUCAGACAAAAUUGGGGUUUCCUGAUUAUUAUUCGUGUACAUAUAUUUGAUAUUUAGUAGCUAGUACGUAUAUACUAACUCUCACCUCAUAAAUAUUAUAAAAUACUUCAAAAAGAUAUUAUCUGCCGAAGUACCAACGCAGUAUGAACAAUACUUACGCAAAAUUUUAACGGUGAUCUUGGACAUAGCUGUUGCAAGUGAAAAACCAUUCUUGGCAUAUUUUACUAAUUAAAUUUAUAUACAUAUGUAUAUUAUCAACUUUGGAAUCCAAAACGAUAGAAAUAUGGCAAAAAAAAAA